GUUGAGCGAGACCAGGAGCAGAGGACACAGGCCAGCGCGCAAGUAGCGCCGGGCACCACCCGCUAUGCUGCUUGGCAGCGGCGGGGGGACACUGCAGCCCUUGGAGAGAGGCUCCACAAUGACGCCGCCAAAAGGGCCUUGAAGAUGCGUCAUUUGCAGGAGAUGGUGGAGGAGGAACGAAGGUUGCAGGAGCAGCAAGAAGCCACGUUCCGCCCUGCUAUCGAGGUCUCACAGCGCAGAUGCCAAGGAACAUCCAGGUCUCUUCAAGACCCAGAGGGCCUGAAGAAGAGGAUGAAGAUGCAGAGGUUGCGCAACAUGCAAGAGAAGGCGGAGCUUGAUGGCUGCACCUUCAAGCCGGAGAUCGACCAAAAGUCCGAAGAGCUGAUCAGCCAGCGUCUGGCGCGGCUGAAGAUCACAGGGACCCUGUACGACUCCCUUUACGAGGAUGCCAUUCGACGACGCGAGCGGCAGCUGGAGUCCUUAAGGGCCCUGCCUCCUGGCGUCACGUUCCAGCCCGAUAUCGGUAUGGACCACUACCGGCCUCCCAACGACGAGACGAAGGAGGACUUCCUCAACCGAUUAGCCUACUCCAAGAGCUACUCGGAGA